CUUGAAAUAACUUGCGUUGAGGGGGAUAACCCCGUCCUAUAUGGGCCAUUAAUUCUCUUACCCCUCAUCUCAGCUCUUGUCGUAGGUUAUCAACUGAUAAAAUGUCCGACCACCUUACGUGCGAAUUAUGUUCAAUCAGUGUACAGUGAUUCUAGUAUUACCGAGAUAACUCCUGCUUCGCUAAAAUAAUUCAUGGUACACUGCAGUUUAUCGCUUUAAGAAAAAUAAGUUAGUGUAAAGUAUUUUGCCGACAAAUGACUUUCAUGUCUAUUGUCAUACCAAACUCUUAAUCAUAACUCACACUAAAGCUAAGAGAAACGUGAGGGAAUCAGUUAGGACAAUUUAACAGAUGUUAUGCUUAGAGCUCGAGAUGAUAACGGUUCGCUUUCGAAAUCGACUUUACUCUGUAAAGACUGUAAAAAGCCUUGUAAUCAUUCUGAAAAUGGGAAGCAAGAAUCAUGCAGAAUUACUUGUUUGUUUUAUCCAUCGUUUUUAAUAAUUUACGACAAGUUGUCUAACAUCAACAUAAUUGUAUUCUACGAAAAUAUUUCUUUGAAGUUAAUUUCGGGUUUCACCUGCUUUUCACAAUUGGUUGCCAUGGUUUCAGUUCUCGAAAACUUGUUGUAGUUAAUUUUCUUGUUUUGUUUGAUGCAAACUGCUCCAAGGAACACGAGUUAAAAAUUUAGUGACAAAUAAUAACUUUGAUUUGUUAGCUAGUUGAUUCGCAAAAGAGCGAAACUGAGCCGGUUAAAACAGACAGAACAAGUCGGGGAAAUUUUCGCUGGCAAGGAUUGUUGUGAUAACAAAUGAACUUUCGAAAUUUCCGGUAAAGUAUACUCAGAAGGAGGUAUUAAAUACAGUUUGGAACAUCUACAAUCAAUUUACAUCUACGACAACCAUCCAAAGCUGAGAAAUUUCUGAAAAUAUGGCAGCUUUGGUGAAAGCUAUCGAACAAAAGCGGUUUAAACAAGCAGAAUUACUCUUGCAACUUGGUGACAAUGUGAACCAACAGGAGAAACUCUCUGGAAAAACUCCUCUUCUGGCAGUGUGUUUCUUGGAAGACGAAAACUUGGCUUGCUGUAUCACGAAAAAGCUCUUACAUCGAGGGGCCGACGUCUGCUUGGAAGAUGUUCAAGGAAUGGACCCUUUAAUGCAAGCUUGCAAACUGGGAAAGGAGAAACUCGCCCAGGUGCUGAUUGAGAGCGGAGAAUGCGACUUCGGUGCUGCGGAUAAUAACGGAAAUACCGCUCUUAUUUACUCAGUUGAGGCUGGGAAUUCUCGUAUUACGAAAGCUCUCACUGAAGCAAUGAAUAUCUACGAUGUCCGUGUUGCUGAUAAAGCAAAUAGCAAUGGAGAAACGCCUCUGAUUAGAGCCAUGAAACUCAAGCACAAUGCCUGUAGAGAAGUGUUGGUAAACGACGGCAAAGCAUCACCGCAAGCUCGAGAUUUUUAUUUAAAACUCAAUGCUAGAGAAUGGGAGUUGUACUUGAAAGAGAAAGAAGAGAAAGAAAAUGAAGAUGAAGCAAAGAUUGGAAAUAUGAUGGAAAGAAUUAAAAACGACCAUUCGAGGGAAGGCCUAAGUCGAAAGCAAAUUAAAGAUUACCAUGGAAGGUCAAGAACUGUAUCAAUAAUUAAUAGUAGACAGGACUUCACAAACCGAGGAAGAACCUUCACGCGUUUUACUCCUGAUUUCGAGAAAAUUAUGCCUCAGGAGAAGUUUCUUGGAAGAAGGACAAAAUCUGCCCCAUUGUUAAAAUGCGAGAACACUAAACAACUGUUCAGGUCUGUAUCGUUCAAUUUUGAGUCAAACAACGCAGAAAAAGGCUUUCCUGAAAAGAAAACUGUUGGUUUAGUAAACAAGGCAGAGAAUGCUGAUAAGGGCACUAAACAAAAUAGCAGCCUCAUAGCAACGACAGUAAGGUGUCAUAAUAAUCAAGAAGCGUCAGUCAAAUUGGACGGAGUUGGUUGGCAAGGUGCAAAAAAUACAUUUCCUAAAACGGAUACACAGCAAAAGAUGAUUCUCCAAAGGGCCAUUGACAACAACGGCAAGAGAGCUUCCUGUAGUCAAAGCCAGUUACCUAAGCUUUUCACUUUGAUGACUCAAGAAGCAACCCAUUCCUUUCGCUCAUCAGCAAAGAAAAGAACCCCAGGGAAGCCAUGUGACAAAGGAAGGUCACGUGGGGCAAAGGAAUCGUCCAGGGGAUGGAAUUCUAGAAGGAACUCGAUAGCAAUGCAAAGGCAAUAUUUGGCAAGUGAUGGACGCAGAAGAUGGUCCACGGCCGAGACAUCUCUUAUUGCUCUAGGACGUUUUUCGUCGCUGUAUUCCCGGUCGGAUUUCAAAGCGUUGAAUCCAGAUAACCUGGUAAUGCUUGUCAAAACAAGACGAGAUUCAAUGCAGUCAACCCCUGAAGAGUUAGUCACAAGUUCUAAGACUACAAAGAGAUCAGAAACAAAGGCAGCAGCUAUAUCUCCCAAUCUGAUGAAGCGAAACCCAGAUCUCUCUGCUUCCUUUCCAGGCAGAUAUCCUGCCAUGUAUUGUGGUAAUAAAGAACAGAUCACCUCGAGCCGAGUGAAAUCUGCAAGACCUCGUCGCUACAGGAGACACAAUAGCGAUUCUUCUCCCUCAAGUGGAAAUAAGGUGACUGGGCUGCAAAGGGUAUUGAAUACAACGCCAGUGAUCGCAGAAGAAGCAGAAGAAUGACAGUGAAUUAACAUUAAGUUAAGGCGGUAUAAUUGCGAUAUGCGAUGCGAAUCAGUCAAAGCCUCAAGUCUCGCAAUAAGGCCGAAAGUGUGCAUGGGUGGAAGCGGAGAGAUGCAGAAAACGUGAAAAACGCAAUUUCUACCUUUUUGUCUUCAGACACAUGGAAACAAGGUGAUUUCUGUUCAAGUCUAUCUGGAAGAAUUUUCCAAACACAGAGCCAUGUAAUAGUGAUUGACUGAAAGGUACAGCAAAACAUCUUAC